AUUCAAGUUUUCAACUCAUUUUAUCCUUGAUAAGUGAAUCUCUCCUCUUUGCGAUAAGUAGUCGAGCCACCGUUGAAGAAAGAUAAUUGGUUGUGGGUAAAGUUCAACCUGUCGAUUCGAUGCAACUUGGCGAGGUCCGAGCUGCGAAGGCAGACGAUUUUGACCAUUUUCGUCGGCUGGCGGAGAGCGAGGAUGGAUGGAAUCUACAGUACGAUAAACAGGGAACAAAAGUCUACUCCAAAGUCAAGGAAGGUUCUACGGUUAGGCUUAUCAAGGUGGUGACCAACUUUGCAGAUGUGUCUCCAUCACUGAUGUACGACGUGCUUCACGAUGCAGACUACAGGAGAUGUUGGGAUGAUAAUAUGUUGGAAUGCUUUGAGAUAUGCCAACUGGACAGAUAUAAUGAUAUUGGAUAUUAUUCUAUUAAAUGUCCAUCACCAAUGAGAAACAGAGAUUUUGUAACUCAGAGGUCAUGGUACUGGGAAGAUGAUAACUUUAUUAUAUUUAACCACACAGUACAUCACAAGGUUAGUAGGACAAAUGGUUGCACUGAGUUGUGUCAUUUUGGUAUUCCUAUGGUUGGCAGAAGUCUGUUGUUAUCUAAUGGAUUCAGUGGAUUAGAGGAGCAAUAUGGCUUAGGUUUUGAAGUUGUAGCCAAAGUUCACAAGGCUGCUCUUGGAUACCAAGCGUGGAAAGCUCUACACGCACCAAGCUAUAAACCAUGGAUCUGGCCUGAGCAGAGUAUUCUCCCAAAACUCCGCCUAGAUGAUGUAGAAUCUGUAAGCAGUGAAUCUCCCAGUGGAUCAGAUCAAGAACAGGAAGUGAUAGGUGAUGAUCCCAAUGGAUACUCCAGUGAGGACAAUUUAGAUGAAAUAAUGCUUUGACACUGGCAUUCAGUUGAAGUGUCAAAAACUUACCAGAGAAAUUGCUGUAACUUUUAUACAGCAUUAUUUUUGCUUAGCAGUGUAGAUCUUAAUAGAAAAAUAUUUGAAGUAGAACUCUAUAGUUGUAAAUGUGUAGCUAGCUAGAAAAACAAAACAUGGUUAAUGUUAAGAAUUUUAUGUAGGUUAUAGUGAUUGUUUCAGUCUAAGCCAUUUCGUUAUUGCAAGAAUAUAAGCAAGCAGGAAAUUGAAGAGGUGUAGUGUUGUCAGGGAUUGACCACUUUAGAGUAAGUUAACUACUUAGACUUCUUAAGUUAAAGCAUUUAGUACAAUGUUUGCAGUUCUGCAGGCAGUUCUGCUUGAUGUAUGUACAGUGUGUACAGUACUUCGAUCUCAGUGAUCAGUUUACACAAAUAGAAAACAUUCCUUACAAGUUAGAUGUGCAGUUUUUCAGUCCGUAACAAAAUGAUGAAAAUAAAACUGCUCAAUAGUGGUCAUUUCACAUAAACCAGUGUUUCAUGCAACAAUAGGGAGUUAAUGCAACCAUGAUGGCGAGUGACGUCAUUAAGAAAUUAAUUUAUAUUUCACAUACAAAUCUUGUUAUACUCUGAGUCAUUCAAUUAGUCUAUUAGUCUUUUGGAUAGCAACAUUCCUGUUGCCAUUGCCGUUGUGGUUUGCUUCAAUUAAAAACUGCCUCAAUGUAAAAGGUGGGACUACCUUGUAGAGCGUAAUACAAGUAAACAGUGCUAAGUAAAAGGACCGUUCAGUUGGACAAUAAACAACUAAGUGUUUCUCUGACUAAAUUGGUACAAGUUGAUUGUGGGAGUGAACUGAGAUAUUGAUGAUUUUCUGAGCUGAAAGGGUUACUUGUUAUUACAUUGUAGUUCUUAAGACUACGUGCAUCACUUAUGUCAUCAUGGCUACUUUUGUCUCAAGCCAGUGUUAAUUUUAAAUAUACAUUGCAAUUUUAAUUGCAAAACUGGCCAUCUGUGUGAAGAGGUAAUUGGUAUAUGCUAAAUAAUGUUCAUCUGAUUCUUUUGAUAACUAAGUUAUUGCAUAAUUGGUAAAUAAUGCACGAAAUCUGUAUAUCACCUGGGAAACACUUUAUGCAGUGUUUGUUUGUUUGUUUUUUUUAAGUCUGGAAAUCUCAAAACCAAUCUUUCAGUGUAGAUUGUUAACAGAAACUAAGUUUUUGUUUGGUGAAGUCAAAAGAUUUAAUUGCAAGAUGCGAGAAGUUCAUUUGUAUGUGACAUUUAAUAAGUAGGUGGAUUCUACAGUUUUGCCAUGUACUUUCAUGUCAUCAGUAACAGACUAUUUGUUGGAUGAAUUCAACUUUGUUUGGAAGAAGUAUAGUAAAAGUAAUAAGUAUUCUGUAUUUAUUACAGUUCUACUUGCAAACCUCUAUUAUCUUCUCUGUUGGGGUUUCUGUUGGUGCCAAACAUUUCCUUAACAACCAGCACUAUGGUCAAUAACAAAACACAAAAAGAUAUGGUAGGUCUGAUAGAUUGACCGGGGAAUAAGAUUUUUCUGAAUCAUGUAGAACAUAUUUAAAUAGUAUAAACCACAUUAUUGGUGAUUACUGAUAAUGGUAGCUAUUUAAUAUUUUAAUAUAUUUGCUAAAUUUUCUAUUUGAGUAAGCUCCACUGCUCUCCACAAUCUUUACUUUCUGUCCCUCGAAACUAUCUAUAAUAAAGAAUGCUCUUUGCAGUUUUUGUGAAUUUUAA